AUGGGCUGCCCAGGAAGGAAGAUCCUGUCUUUCUUUCUUAUUUUUGUGCUCAUUUAUCUGCAUGGGGUUUCGUUGCAGGAAGCUGGCCCUACAGGGCAGAGAAAACCGUUUUUUGAGAGGCUCCGCAGACUGGAGGAGCAGUUUCGGAGGUUCCAGGAAGCAACCUUAACACACCUGCAGGCCAUUGCCAGCAACUACAACCUGUCCUACAACAUCGAUGCCCGGUUCCAGAACUUGGCCCAGGAAAGCCAGGCCUUGGCUCUGGAGGUCAACCAGUCACAGGCCGCUGUGCAGAGAGACCUGGGCCACCUCAAGACCUGGAUGCGGAAAACACAACGCAGAAGUCGGAAGAUGGAUUCCAGGCUGCUGGCUUUGGGUUACGCCCUCAGGGAAAGGAGCCAGCAGCACACCCAGGAGAGGAAGGAGCAGGAGGCACAGAGAGAAGCCCUAUCUGGCCUGGCCCUGGACAUGCGGGCCCUGCAGGACACACUGGCUCACCUGACACACGUUGUCCAGAGCCAGGGCACCAGGCUGGCUGCUCUCGAGGAGUGGCUUCAGGUGGCUUGUCCUGGCACCACAGCCCCAGUGUGGGCCCCUGCUCAGCCUCGGCUGCCGAGCCCAAGCUCCCUGAAGCUGCAGGGGGUCAGGCAGGCACUUGGUGCUUCACCUGAGCCCAGGGACCCAGCUCAGGACUUUGCUGGCCAUCUCCGAGGGACCCAGGAGCCCCCAGGCACAGGCAGCCAGUGGGCAUGGCCCCCUGAGACACAGGCAGAAAUUUGCAACGUGGGGCCAGCACUCAUCUUCCCGAACACCUCCACCGAGAAUGUGGUCUUCCUCCACCGCGGCUUCCUCUCAGGUCUGCGGGCCUUGUCUGUCUGCAGCUGGGUCCGAACGGCCUCAGGCCACCUGGGCACCCUGCUCUCCUAUGCCACCGAGGAGAAUGAUAACAAGCUGGUGCUGCACGGCCGGGACUCCCUGGCCCCCGGCUCCAUCCACUUUGUGAUUGGAGACCCAGCCUUCAGGGAGCUGCCCCUGCAGCCACUGCUGGAUGGCCAGUGGCACCACGUGUGUGUCAUCUGGACGUCCACACUGGGGAGGUACUGGCUCCAUGUGGACCGAAGGCUGGUUGCCACCGGCUCCCACUUCAGGGAGGGCUAUGAGAUCCCUCCCGGAGGGUCCCUGGUGCUGGGCCAGGAACAAGACAGCAUGGGAGGUGGGUUCGAUGGCUCUGAGGCCUUCGUGGGGAGUGUGGCAGGCCUAGCCAUAUGGGACCGUGCACUGGUCCCCAGGGAAGUCUCACACCUUGCCACUGGGAAGAAGCUCCCACCCGGUGCCAUCCUGACACUGGCUGAUGCCGCACUGAUAGGUGGGUUUGUGCGGAGGGUAAACUGCACCUGCCUAGAGCUCUGUCCAUGAGGCCUCACUGCCUGGGGCCUGUGGUCACGCUCUGCUUGCAAGAGGAGCAAGUCCCCAGUCUGUUCAACCAUCCCCAACCCCAGCACACUUCACAGAAGGACUCCGCCCAGACUGGAGAUGGAAGGGCAGGACGCUGCUUCCGACCUGGGCCAGGCACACCUGGCAUCUAACAUAGAAUGAGGGCACUCCAUUGCGGGGGGACAAAGAAAUGUGGAGGGGCAGAGAGGGCGAUGGGAAGAGACAAAAAUCAGGAUCCCGAAGAAUUGCGUUCUUUCCCUUGUGGUGACAUCCUUACAGUUGCCCUCUCUAUAGUAUAACAUCAGGCUAACAAGGCCCGACCAGGCCAGAUGGGAGUGCUGGACUCCCACGGGGCCUCUGGGGGUGGCUUUGCUGCCGUUCCAGGCUGCUUUGUGGAGAACUCCGUUUUCCUGAAAACUGCAUGGGCAGCGUGUGAACUGUCACCGCACUCUCUCAGGUGGCUUAUGGGAGUUCCCCCUUGGCUGAUCCUUGUCCCAGUGCCUCAUGAAAAGGGCCAGAGAACCCACUUCCUGGCCCCCAGUACUACAGCCCCUGUUCACCGGGAGCCCUGGGGGUUCCCUCAGGGUCCUGCGAUGGUUGUUGAGGCUAUGGAUGCCUCCAGGGAAGGGGACCUGCAAAAAGUGCAGUGUAUUCUGAAAUAAACA